AACAAAAGUAACACUACACACACUUUUAGUCAAUAAUGACAGAACUACAGUAUCAAGUAAAAAGCAGACCAUGUAAUCUGUGAAACUGUCAAGAAUUAUAUCAUCAGUCCAUAUAAUUUACAUGAUAAAAUAGGGGAGAUUUGUUUUAUUCUCCAAUUGUACAUAGUUGUUCCUAAAGAGCUGGGGAUAGGAAAAAUUUAGGGUUCAUUUUUUAUAAUAGUCACAAUUUUUAAAAGCAGAUUAGCUAUACAUAGUUAUUUUUAUUAUAGUCAUUUUGAGAUAUUUAAUGGCUUAUUUAAGUGUUCAUUUGCUUAUAAAAUGAAUUUAUGAAUACUUCCAUAAACAGAGAUUCCCCCCAUAAAAGGCUAUGGUGCUUUUCCUUUACUUUUCUGCUGCCAACCUCCCCCAGUUUAUUGAGGUUUGUCCAAUUCUGAAGACAUUGUAUAUUAGCUUACAAAUUGCUAAAAAAAAGUAGGAAAUAUGGAAUUCUUUCCUGCCAUGAAGUGAACCUCAGUCCAUUCACAACACUCUUAUCUUCUUAGGAAAACUUAAGUUGACCAAAAACAAGAUGUUCCCUUAAUAUACUAGUGACAUUGCUAGGUCAUUGUGAUGUAGGAAGAGUAACCUCCAAUCAGAGAAGCCCCAGGAGUCUGAUUGUGACUUGCCAACAUACAUAUAUGAGAGCUCCAUCACCCGCUUGGGCCCUUCUCCUCUCUACUCACAACUGAUAAGGAGAACAACAUCUACAAUGGCCAGAUCCAUCACCAAAAAGAACAAGUGCUCCAGAAGACAUCAAAGCCCAACAAGUUCCAGAAAGAAGUCUCAUUCCAGCACCAAUUUUGGCCACAGAAAUUAUUCACUCUACAUAAACAGGAUCCUAAAGAAAGUGGUUCCUCGGAAGAUGACUAAUCGCGUAUCAUCUUGCACCUUGGACACCAUUAACACCCUGAUCAACAACAUCUUUGAGCACAUUUCUGUGGAAGCCUGCAACCUGAUGUGUUUCAGAAAUUGUUGUACCCUCACACCUGAAGAUAUCCAGAAGGCAGUGUACUUGCUGUUGCCUGGGAAACUAGCUAAGCAUGCAGUGGCUUUUGGAAGCGAAGCUGUCCACAGAUAUGUCCACUCCUAAACUCCAUGCACCAGCUUAAUUAAAUCUGGGAAAAGUAAGUCAAGCUUACUACCCAAAUGAUCAAUAUUGAAUUUACUCUUCUUUUUUUAUAACAUAGUAGUAUUUCCUGGGAUUUUCCCUCUCUCUCUCAUCUCUAGAGAAUUACUCUGUUGCUAUUUUACCUUUUAACAAGUCAACUAGG